CAUACCAACAUUAGUUAAUAAAUUCGUUUUACGUAAUAUAUACAAAUCAUUUCAUCAUGGUGAUGGCUAAGAACCGCACCAAGUUCUACGUAGCGUUUCUUGUUGUUUUGAUAGUGGUGGGAUCUGUGUUACUAACCAUUGAAGGACGACCGGUCAAGGAUAGUUCGAGAUCCUCGACCCAAUUAACAGAUUCAUCUGUGUUCAAUGGAAGCGUAAUGUCCUCGUUUAAACCAGUCGAGUCUUCGGUACAAGAUAUGUCCUGGUUAGACACAGUGAAACAGUCCGGGCCAAGCCCAGGGGUUGGGCAUCAUCGAGCUAAGGGCUACAAAAUGUUUGGACGAGCUGAAGAUUCUGGUCCUAGUCCUGGUGUUGGACACUAAAAAUAACAAACCUCAUGAAUUGGAUUUAUAUUGUAACACCUUUACGCACCAUGCAUGUUUAAUAGCCUCUAUGAUGUAAUAUUCUCUUCUUUUUUUUUUACUUCACUAUCACAU